AUGUCAAAAUCAACAUCAUCGAAAAAAGGACCGUCAUUGCGGGCCAUUACUACUCGAUUGAAAGGACUGCAAGCAUCAUUCGAUAAUAUACACGGCUUCGUUGAACGGUUCCACGAUGACGUCACACCAAGUGAAAUACUAGUUCGAUUGGAACGCCUCGAUACACUAUGGGAGCAAAUAAACGACACGAUAAAUGAAAUACUGUCACACGAUGAAUUUUCAAUAGACCCCUCGGCGAUAAUGGAGGAACGGAGUGUAUAUGAAAAUCGAUUCUACGACGAUAAAUCCUACUUAAUGGAUAAGUAUAAAUUGCUAAACGAGGCACCAAUUCUUGAUCAAACCUCAAGAACAAAUGUCUCGUUUGCGCAUGGUUCUGCUCCGCAUGUACGGCUUCCACAAAUUACGCUUCCAAAGUUUAGCGGAAACAUGGAUGAGUGGAUAAGUUUCAGAGACUUAUAUACGUCUUUAAUUCACUGGCAGACGGAGUUGCCUGAUGUUGAAAAGUUACAUUAUUUACGUAGCCAGUUGCAAGGUGAAGCAUUGGCGGUAAUCGAAGCACUACCGAUUACUUCCGCAAACUAUCUAACAGCCUGGGAACUGCUUGUGAAGCGGUAUUCAAACCUCAAGAUUAUAAAACGGAAGCAAAUUCAGGCUAUUUUCGAUCUGCAGUUAUUAAGGAAAGAGUCUGCUUCUGAAUUGCAUUCAUUGUUGGAAGGCUUCGAAAGGAUCUUAAAAACAUUAGAUCAGCUGGUACAACCUUGUGACUAUAAGGACCUGCUGCUUUUACACAUCCUAAGUUCGAAAUUAGAUAGUAAUACUCGCAGGAGUUGGGAAGAAUAUAUUUCAGCGAAGGAAACAGAAUCUCUUAAAGAUCUCAUCGACUUUCUUACGCGUCGUGUUCGAGUGUUGGAGGCAUUACCGACUAGAGGAUUAGAACAACGGUCAGAACCUCCUCAGCCAAUUAAAAGACAGCGGCCCUUCCAACAGCAACAAGCUAGUUAUAGUGCGGUUCAUCAGAAUAGCUUUAAAUGUCCGGCUUGCCCAGAGUCUCACCCUUUGUACAAAUGUGCCGUAUUCGGGCAGUCGUCUGUUUCGGAAGGAGAAGGUUUAUUAAGGACCCAUUCCUUAUGCCGCAAUUGCUUUCACAAGGGACAUCAGGCUAAGGACUGCAAUUCGAGAGUUUCAUGCAAGAAUUGCAAGGCACGACAUCAUACCAUGGUUUGUUUUAAAACGCAGAACAGUAGCAGAAUAAGGCAUGAUGUUGAAUCUACGCAGAACAACACAUUGAUUGACUCAGUAGAAGUUCCCGAAAGGAAACCUAAUUCGGUUGGAGCAUCGGAGCAAAGGGUAGCUCAUACGGCAGCGGUCGAUAAUUCUGAACAUUCUUCGCAUUGCGUUUCGACACCCAAGGUAUUAUUGGCAACGGUGAUGCUACAACAAAACAAGGUACAAGUUCCUGUAGUUGGAAUUGGUCAAUCAGAAAUAUUGGCCAAAUACGAAGUACAGUUGACUGUUUCAUCCAGAACAAGGAACUUUUCGCGAUCACUGCCAUUACUAGUGCUCCCGAAAAUUACGGUGAAGCUUCCAAUUUCGGAUAUCGAUGUUGCCGAUUGGAAAAUCCCCAACUACAUAAGACUUGCAGAUAUAGAAUUUAAUCGAUCAAAUCCAAUUGAUUUGAUAUUAGGCGGAGGCUCAUUUUUCGAAAUAUUCAAUACUGGAAAGCUCAUGGGAUUGGGCGACGGCUUACCAAAUCUGGUUGAUUCCGUCUUCGGCUGGGUAGUGGCCGGAGAAUAUACAAAAAUAUCAUACAACUCUCCUAGGGUUUGUAACAUAGCUGCAACUACACCUUUGGAGGAACUUCUUCCCAGAUUUUGGUCCUGUGAAGAAAUCCAAUGUAGUAAUAAUAUGUCGCCGCAGGAGAUACGAUGUGAAAGACAAUUUACAAGAACAACCCAACGAGAAGUCGAUGGAAGGUAUAUCGUGAUCUUACCGAAGAAUGAACAAGUUAUGACGAAACUGGGAGAGUCCAAGGAAAUUGCAUUGAACAGGUUAUUUGUAUUGGAACGGCGCUUGAAUAAUAAUCCGAUACUGAAGGAAAGAUACGACGAGUUUUUGAAGGAAUAUUUAUGUUUGGGACAUAUGAAAAAGGUUGAUAUCAAUGCAGAUUCCCAUCACAAACGCCUUUACUUGCCACAUCAUCCUGUCGUAAAAGAGAAUAGUACCACUACUAAAGUCAGAGUUUUGAUCGCAGCGGAUGAUAGGUGGUUGCAAAACAUACUAUGGCGAUUUGAUUCCAACGAUACUCCAUCGACGUACGAACUGAUUACAGUAACAUACGGAACCAAGUCUGCGCCUUAUUUAGCCACACGUACAUUGCAGCAGCUAGCGCAGGAUGAAUCAUCGGAGUACCCUUUAGCAUCCAAAUCUGUACGAGAAGACGUUUAUAUGGACGAUCUUAUUUAG